AUGGAAGCAACAGUUGUUCGCGACUACUCAGCACAGAAUGAGUCAGAGCUUUCUCUUUCGGACGGAGAAACAGUGAAUAUUCUCUCGUUUGAUGCCGACCCCAACAGGUACAAAAUACAACAGCAGGGGACAAAAGAAGGCUGGGUACCCAAAGACUACGUUGUGCCUCACUACUGCGGAUGGUUCAAGGGGCACAUUUCAAGAGAACACUCCCAGGAGUUGCUUAAGAGUAAGCCUCUGGGAUCCUUUCUUGUUCGUCAAACAUCUGCAGCGCCUCAACAUUUCUAUCUCGAUGUGAAGUGUCAUUCGGAGGUGAAGAGUUUCGAGAUAUAUCGAGAUCAGUACGGCAAGUACUUCUUGACACUAAUCAAGUAUGCAUCCAUCAAUAUGUUAUUGCGGUAUCAUCAAAACUUGAGUGUGAGCAAGGAUGAAGAUGUCUUUUUAUCAACUGAAGACUACUGGCAGCACAGAUAA